CUGAAUUCUCACCCAUACAUAAACCCCACUUUAAAUUACACAACUUCCUCAUCCUCGCAUAACAAAAUUCAACACGGCCUGCUACUUUGUUUAGGGCGCGGCCAUGGGUGAUGCAGCUAGAAGGCCGUCCGUUUUGAUGUUCCCAUUUUUGGCUCACGGCCAUAUCACUCCAUACCUUGGGCUCGCCAAGAAUCUCUCCGACCGAGGUUUCUUAAUCUACCUAUGUUCCACCCCUAUUCUCCUUGUCUCCGUCAAGAAAAUGAUCCCGGAGAUAUAUUCCGGUUCCAUCCUGCCGGUGGAGCUCCACCUCCCGCAUCUCCCGGACCUCCCUCCCCACUACCACACCACCAACGGCCUCCCGCCUCACCUCCACGCCACCCUUCGGAAGGCCUUACGGAUGUCGAAGGCCAACUUCUCCAAUAUCUUGCACACCCUUAAGCCGGACCUUCUCAUUUUGGACUUUCUCCAAAUUUGGGCCGAAGUGAUGGCACGUGAUCUCCACAUCCCGGCCGUUCGGUUCUAUAAUGUUUGCGCAGCCACCUCUUCUUACAUCAGCUUCGUCACAAGAAACGCCUCAUCAGAGUCACAGAUGGAGUCAUACCCCUACCCUGCCCUUUGCCCGAAGGGCAGAGGAGAGGCAAUUUUCCAAGCCGUUGUUGAUAACGUCAUCAGAACCGGUAGAGAGCCGGAGGAGUGCCUCUCAGAGCCUCAAAUGGUUUUGAUGAGCACAUCAAUGGAAAUGGAGCCAGAGUACAUAGAGUACUACUCCCGAACGAUCGGGUGCAAGGUCGUGGCGGUCGGGCUUUUGGCCCAAGAACCCCAAGCCGAGGAGUCCCCCGAGGAAAUCCUAGAUUGGCUUGGGAAGAAAGAUCAAGGCUCGAUCUUGUACAUCUCUUUCGGGAGUGAGUGCUUCUUGACGAAAGAGGAGAUGGAGGAGAUGGCCCAUGGUUUGGAGCUGGUGAUGGACCUUACCAGAAUGAGCUUCAUUUGGGUGCUUAGAUUCCCAAAAGGUGAGAAGUCUAGUGCUCAAGACUCACUGCCAGAUGGCUUUGUGAAGAGAAUAGGGGAGAGGGGGAGGAUUGUAGAAGGAUGGGCCCCACAGGUGAGGAUUCUCGCCCAUCCGAGUGUGGGCGGGUUUCUGACACACUGCGGGUGGAACUCUAUCAUGGAAAGCUUGAAUUUUGGGGUCCCUAUCAUCGCCUUACCCAUGCAUGUCGACCAGCCAGUUAAUGCUAGGUUCUUGGUUGAGAAGGGGCUGGCGGUGGAGAUUGAGAGGGGCGGGGAUGGGAAGCUCCUGAGGGAGGAGAUCGCUAAAGCUGUGAACAAGGCAUUUGGAGGAGAGAGUGGGGAGGCUUUGAAGAUGAGAGUUAGAGAUAUGAGUUUUAGGUUAAAGAUGAAACAAAGGGAGGAGAUGGAUGGUGCUGCCCACGAGCUCAGGAAACUUUGUCACAUGUAAUAAUCAUUGAUUCAUUUUCUUACAAAUAAGUAAGGAUACCUUACCUAUAGUACAUUUGGAUUGAAUUUUUAGCUGAAAUUUGGUAUGGGUAAACUAAACUUAAUGAAGAAGAUGCUCAAAAAAUUUCAUCAAAAAAUCCCACAGCGAACCGCCUCAAAUGGCGACGCGCGGACAGAGCCUCCUAUAAAAGGGGUGAUUUGCACUUUUUCGGUUAGUUCGAUGACUUAUUUGACCCUUUUCCCAUUUAUAUUUAUAAUUUAUUUAAAUGCAUACCGAAAUGUGGGUUCUAUUUAG